CUCCCCAUCUUUACAGCGAGAUCCACCUGCCGGUCAUGACCCACAAGAGGCUUUUUCGGUUCGUGCUGCUGUGUAUCAUUUCAGCUUUGAGUUCCGCCGUGAGGAUCACUGACGAUGGGCAGAAAAUCAUCUACCUGCCCAGGGGGGAGUCCGUCAAACUGGGGUGCCCCUUUUCAACAGACCCAGAAGACAACACUCCCGACAGCGCUUGGGAUAUCCAGUGGACGCAGGUGAAGCCCGGACAGUAUCCUCAGAGCAACCCGCUCCUGAGCUACCAUGACCACCAGAUCGUCCGUCCUGGACCUCCAGAUCUCCAACAGAGGGUCGGUUUCACUUCUGCAGAUCCCAGCCUGUACGACGCCUCUAUGCAGCUUCGCGAUGUGCAGGUCACCGACUCGGCCACUUACGAAUGCACAGUGAAGAAAACCACCGAGGCCACCCACAAAGUGACCAUUGCCGUACAAGAGCGGCCAGCGGUUCCUCAGUGCUUGAUAGUCGGUGAGGUGGAUUAUGGGAACGACAUCACUUUGCGCUGCUUUGCCUCAGCGGGCUCCCCACCGCUCACCUACCGUUGGACCAUGACGCACGGGUCGAGCUUCAGAGACUGGAUGUCUCCCAGUGAUAUAGGAUCUGUGCCUGGUGACUUUCACAUCUUCGGCCUGAGGGAAGAGCACCUGGGCACUUACCGGUGCAGCGUGACUAACAAUGUAGGUGUUGCCUAUUGCACCGUGGACAUCACCAUAGGCGGGUGGAGCCGUAUGUGGAUCAUCGGGGGAUCAGUCCUUUGCGGCGUCCUCGGCACGGCCUUGAUGAUCGGCUUCAUCUCCUGGGGCAUCUGGUGCUGCCGGGGGUCGGGGGUCAGCUGCUACUGUGGAGACCGCUACUGCUGGGACUGUUGCUGGGGCAGUGGGGACGUUAAGGAGGAUGAGCCGGAGUACCAGGGGACCAAAGGCAACGACAUCCGCGUGGAUGCCGAAGCUCCCCCAAGCAGACCAGGUAGCCAGGCCUUCAGCCGAGCAAGCAGCAUGCAUUCCCUCAUCCCCUACCAAACACGGAACGGAGUCCAGUACACUAAAGGCCGCAAGCAUAUACCCCCCAUCGUUCAGGUAAAGAUGACCUCUCCCCCUGCCAGUGAAUUGAGUCUUAUUCUAGCCGCUGACAUCCAAUCUCCCAAUGUUUCCGAUCAGAGCGAUGAGCUUGACCCUAUCUACAUCAAAGGGAGGUCGGCCUACGCUCCCGUGAACUCCUCUCCCAUCUACACCAAGGGCAGGCAAUGCAACAACUCGCCUUCCCCAGCCCAAAUCUACACCGACCCGCGCAAUUACAACCCUCCUUCGGACUCGGAGAGCACCCAGUGGAACGACAGAAGCACACCCAGAUCUUACAACGGCGCAGUGGUCAUGAUGCGAUCGGCGAGCAAGGAAGGGCUUUUGAUAUGA